GCGGGCUCAGUCCUCGGCGGGGCGCGCGGCGGGCGGACUUGGCUCGGCUGCGCGCCAUGGCCCGGGGCCUGCGCGCUCUCCCGCGGCGUGGCCUCUGGCUGCUCCUGGCACACCACGUCUUCAUGGUCACCGCCUGCCAGGACGCGGACUACAGCGCCCUCCUCCAGGAGCUCUGCCUCACACAGUUCAAGGACGACAUGGAGGCCAUGGGGAAGACACUGUGGUGUGACUGGGGCAAGACCAUUGGGAGCUACAGAGCGCUGACUGACUGCACCAGACACGUGGCGGAGAGGCUGGACUGCUUCUGGCCCAACGCGGUGGUGGACAAGGUCUUCGUCGCUGUCCACCAGCGCUACUUCAGAAACUGCCCCGCCUCCGGCAGGGCCGUGCGGGACCCGCCCAGCAGCAUCCUCUGCCCCUUCAUCGUGGUUCCCAUCUUGGUGACCCUGCUCGUGACGGCGCUGGUGGUCUGGAGGAGCAAGCGCACAGAAGGCAUCGUGUAGGCCGGCGGCCGGGGCUGCCCGCCCGCCGCACAGAGGCUGCAGGACGGGGCUGGGAGGGCCGGGGGCCGGGGAGCGUGGGCCUGGCCCGGUGACAGCUUCAGGGGCCUAGUGGCGCAGCAGCCCCAAACCCCCCACUUCUUCUGAGAAGAGGUAACAGGAUUGCAGAGUAGUCACAGCUCAGGCGUUACUUGAGGCCCUCUGGCUGGAGGUGGAAGGCACCUUAGGAAGGGCAGUGGGACAGAACUCGGAGUCACCUCUGGAAGAUUCCCAGCUCUGCCUCCCGGGGCGUUUGUAACCCACCCGCGGCUCUGUCCUGACCUCCAGCCCAGACUGCUUACCCCAGGAGGGGCGUUUGUGAUUAAAAGGAUGUUCUUGGA